AGCAGGUACACUUACUGGUAAUGAGUUUUAGAGUAUCAUAUGACUGAUGAUAAUUGUUCUUUAGUUUGAACCAUAAAAAUUUCAGAACAGGACUCAAGUCAAAGUAAACAAUUCUCUGGAAACACAAUGGAGGGUGUAAGGUCAUCUGAUGGCCACAGCAAUUCUAUUUGGCCUGAAUCUUUCAGUCCAUUGGGGAUCACUCUGGACUCAGAACCAAGAUCUUGUAUUAAGGUUUUCACUUUGCCCCAUUUACACAUUCUUUGUUUCCUAACUCCAGUUAGAAUAGAAUACAAGUGUCCGGGAAGGGACGGGAACUGUGCCACCAUAAUUCAGUAGUGGAGGCGGGGAUCCGACAAGGGAAGCAGAAACACAUAGCUGUAAGUGAGUGUGUCUGCUUCAAGAAUGGGUGGAACCGAAAGGGGCUGAGGGACAGAAGGAAAGAGCGAGAACGGAAAGAAUCCCGGGAUAAUAGUGUGGUCGUAGGGAAACAGUAUAUAAAGGGGUUAGAGAGGCGGAACAAAAGCGUCCUGUAGUCAAAAGAAACUCUUGGCGCGCCUCCGCUCGAAGGAGGUGGGGACCACUAGCGGGAACUACAAAUCCCAGCAGGCCCCGGGACUCGGAGCCCGCUCGCCGCACCGCGCAACGCCUGCUGGGGGCUGGUUGCCGCGGCCAAGAUGUCGCUGUUCAAGAAAAGAAAGCUUGAGUCGGGGGGUGGCGGCGCAGGAGGGGAGGGAGCCGAGGAGGAAGUUGGCGGGGAGCAGGAGGCAGCCCCGCCACGACCCCGGAGGACUAAGCGCGAGCGAGACCAGCUGUACUACGAGUGCUACUCGGACGUCUCGGUCCACGAGGAGAUGAUCGCCGACCGCGUCCGCACCGACGCCUACCGCCUGGGCAUCCUGCGGAACUGGGCCGCGCUGCGAGGCAAGACCGUGCUGGACGUGGGCGCGGGCACCGGCAUUCUAAGCAUCUUCUGCGCCCAGGCCGGUGCCCGGCGCGUGUACGCGGUGGAGGCCAGCGCCAUCUGGCAACAGGCCCGGGAGGUAGUGCGGCUCAACGGGUUGGAGGACCGCGUGCACGUCCUGCCGGGCCCGGUGGAGACGGUGGAGCUGCCGGAGCAGGUGGACGCCAUCGUGAGCGAAUGGAUGGGCUACGGACUUCUGCACGAGUCCAUGCUGAGCUCCGUGCUGCACGCGCGGACCAAAUGGCUGAAGGAGGGCGGUCUCCUCCUGCCAGCUUCCGCGGAGCUUUUCGUGGCCCCGAUUAGCGACCAGAUGCUGGAAUGGCGUCUGGGUUUCUGGAGCCAGGUGAAACAGCACUAUGGCGUGGACAUGAGCUGCCUGGAAAGCUUCGCCACGCGCUGCCUCAUGGGCCACUCGGAGAUCGUGGUGCAGGGUCUGUCCGGCGAGGACGUGCUGGCCCGGCCGCAGCGUUUUGCCCAGCUCGAGCUGGCCCGCGCCGGCCUGGAGCAAGAGCUGGAGGCCGGUGUAGGCGGACGCUUCCGCUGCAGCUGCUAUGGCUCCGCGCCUCUGCAUGGUUUUGCCAUCUGGUUUCAGGUGACCUUCCCUGGAGGGGACUCGGAGAAACCCCUGGUGCUGUCCACCUCGCCCUUUCACCCGGCCACUCACUGGAAGCAGGCGCUCCUCUACCUGAAUGAGCCGGUGCCGGUGGAGCAAGAUACUGACAUUUCAGGCGAGAUCACUCUGCUGCCCUCCCGGGACAACCCCCGACGCCUGCGCGUGCUUCUGCGCUACAAAGUAGGGGACCAGGAGGAAAAGACCAAAGACUUUGCCAUGGAGGACUGAGCGUUGCCUUUUCGCCCACCCACCUUCUUCGGAAGGUCGGAAGAGAAAAGGAGAUCUGUGCAAGUCGGAGACAUAUUUGUCUCCUCUUCCUCACGGUUUCUGGGAAAGGGAGAGUGACUUCAGUCUUCAUUUGAGGACUUUCUUCUGGCCAUGUUUAUUUAAAAAGUGAGCCUCCCUGACCAAGGACUGAUGCGGUUUGCUUUUAAGCCUGGAAAGCAUGUAGUAUCAAACUUGUAUGUGUUUCACUGCGGGGACAGGUGGGGGGAUAAAUAUGUACUGUUUACAGUAUCAGCAUGGCUAUACAAGAGGAGCAAUAUAUGCCACUGAGUACCAAAGGAUACAGAGGAGCGCCGCAGCCUUUGGGAUGAACACACUUGGGAGGGAUGAAAGCCUGAGGUGUGUGGACACCCAGGCACUGUCCGAUGCAUUAUGUAGAUGGGGGCUGGUAAUGUGGAGCCCUUAAGGCUCCAGGUCUGGAUUACCAGACCCAAGACAGCACCAUGGUAAAGUUCAUCUACCUCCCGCACAGCUUGUAUUUGUUUAUCCCUGUAAAAUCUUCCAUUUAUUUUCUAUUAAUUUAUUGAACCUAUGAACGUAGUUGCUAAAAAUACAAUCUAAUAGUCAUUGUGACAGGUAUUUGGGAUUACAAACUAAAAGAAUGUGAGCUCUGCCCUCUAAUACAUCACUACCACUACAGAAACUAAAAGCCAUGAUGAUAGGGUGGGGUGGUUUUAGUAUCAGGAAGGAUAAAUUAUUUUACAUAUUAAGUACAAAGGUUUCUGUAAGUUCCAUAGAUAUAAUUGUCAUUUGUUGUUUGUUUUGUGAAAUGGGGUCACAUGUAGUGCAUCACUGUCCUGAAACUCACUGUGUUGCUGAGAAUGACCUUGGACUCUUGAUGUUUCUAAAUCUACCUUCCAGAUGCUGGAGUUAACAGCUCUGUGCCACUGUGCCCAGCACAUACCUAAUGCUUGGCAGUAGAUCUUGGGCACAACUCUUUGACUUCCUAAACCUAACCAAAAAUUCACUUUCAUUAUAUUAAUACUGCAUACUUCAGUUGAGAACAGAACACUACAGACCACCUUAAUGGUAACAAAGGUUUAAUUAUUUGAUGCUAAAGGAAAAGUUUUUAGUACUAGGGAGCCUCACGGGUGACCCCAGAUCAACCUGGAAGAACCAUCUUUAGUGUAUAACUCCUUUUGACAUAGUAGGCACUCAUUGGGACAACCCCUGUUUUUAUUUCCCUAACAGUGAAUCAAAGGUGACACUCUGGGGUCCCCAGAAAACUGAAUCCAUGACAGCAGCAAAGGCAAGUGAACUCCUUGUCAUUUUGGUCAUGGGCCCCCUUUGGCAGAGGGCCAUCUGAUAGAUCUAAAGAAGAUACAGAAAGUAGCAUAAGGAGUUCAAGAAGGUAGAUGUGAAAGGUACCUGCUGCAAACCUGCCAGUCCUGCUGCUACCCCAUAGCUUACACUACCCAGUACCCAAGAUAGGGAGCAUUUACAAACACAGGCCCCACUCCCCACACAUGCUCAUCUAUGUAUGUUUCUCUGUUAAUUUUAUUAUCAACAACUACACAGUAUUUAAGCACUAUGAUAAAUUAGUACAUCCUUCGCUCAAAGAUCUAGGAUAGCAUGGGGACAAUAAAAUGGCAUCAGUUGUUUGCAUGCAUCCAUAAGCCUGGAAAGCCUUUCUAGCUCUCGGCUCUGCCCAGCAAAGUUGGAAAGGUAGCUCUCAUCCCUUACGCCUCUCCAAGGAUUGAAAAAUCCUCUUCCUAUCAUCAGGUAAAUUGUGAAUGCCUGCAAAACUUUCCCAUCUGAUGUUCUCAAAUUAGACCAUAUCCUCCAAAAUAUUGGUCCGUUCUAUAACAGACAAAAUACAUUAAAUAGGUGAUCCUUUUAAGCUACUAAAACAAAAAAAUCUAAACCAAGUCUAUACCCAGCUCUGUAUAUGGUGUGUGUGUGUGUGUGUGUGUGUGUGUCUUUGUGGCUGUUUCUGUGUAAGUGUGCCUUCCCCAGCUUUCUACAUGAUUUCAUUUCCAUGCUCCAGUUUGUGAUUUAUCCUUUCACUUGUAAUAAAUAUCACAUAUUUUAUUGGAAUUUA